AUGAUUCGCGGAAUUAGAAGCGUCGGGUUCUUUGGAGCAGCAAGCGUGUUCUGGUCCUGGAAGCUGCGCCAGACGCUCAGUAGUGACCAGAAACGGGUCGUCAGCUUUGAAGAACUGCAGACACAUAACAAGCCCGACGACUGUUGGAUUGCCAUAAACCAGAAAGUUUACGACGUGACGGAGUUCAUUAAGACGCAUCCCGGCGGCGUUGCACGGAUCCUGAGAUACGCCGGAAAUGAUGCCACCAAAGGGUUCCAUUCCAUGCACCAUCCACAGUACUUGGAGACGUUUUUGGACGGCUCGUUGGUUGGAGAAAUAAAUGACCUGCCUACAAAGAAAAAAAAGACAAGCACCCGAAGAAAGCAAAAAUUGAUUGAGAUCGAAGAGCAGGAGGAGCAAGUGGUGAAACUGGUUCCGCCAACGCUGUCCCAAAUCUUUUCGCUUUCUGACUUUGAGGUUGUUGCGAAAAAUGUUCUUCCUCCGGCUACCCUGGCAUACAUCUCUUCCGGAGCAGAUGAUGAGUUCACUUUGCGCGAGAACAGAUAUGCCCUUGGCCGCAUUUUCUUCCGUCCUCGCUGCCUCACUGACAUCAGCAACACCUCCAUCGAAACAGACAUUCUCGGUGUCCGCACCGCUGCUCCGUUUUUUAUUAGUUCCUUUACGGGAUCGAAUUUAAUCCAGCCCGAAGGAGAAAAGAUUCUGGCUCGUGCUGCUGCCGAAGAGAAAAUUGCAUAUAUGGUGCCAAAGCGCGGCUCAGUUUCCUUGGAGCAGCUACAUGCGGAAACGGCUCAUAGUCAGACACUUUUCUACCAGCAUGAGUUUGAAUCUGCAGAAGAGCUCAGGGAAGCUCCUAAACUUUUCAAGCAUAUAGAAACUACGAUGCCGCAAGUGAAAGCUAUCUUUGUGAAUGUGGACAUCGCUGCACAUGGACACAGAGAGAAGGAGUACAAGGUUAGAGAAAUGGAAGCAGGAAAGGCCGACGUCAACCUUGGUGGGCUUUUAGGCUCGGAACCAGAGUACGUCGCCACAUGGAACGACUUUGAGACUGUCAGGAAAAGCACCAACUUGCCAAUCAUUCUCAAGGGACUGCAAAGAAAGGAGGACAUUCUGAAAGCUGCCGAGCUAGGAUUUCGGGGUGCAUUAAUUUCCAAUACCGGUGGCCGCCAGCUGGAUUUUUCAAAACCUGCUAUUGAGACUCUUGCUGAAGUACACGAGGCUUUGAAGGAGAAAAAUAUAGAUCGGAACCAAUUUCAGCUUUUUGUCGAGGGAGGCUUCAGUCGUGGCUCGGACGUGAUCAAGGCUUUGUGCCUGGGUGCAAUCCCUGGAAUUGGCCGGCCAAUGCUCUAUAGUGAGGUGUACGGCCAAAAAGGUGUUGAAAAAGCGUCACAGCUACUCAAAGAGGAGAUUCUCAGAGACAUCAAACUGCUGGGAGCCAGUAACGUGUCUUGUUUAGACGACAGUUAUCUGGACCUAAGCAGUCUGACAGUCAAGCUUUGGGUUCCUGACUUCCAAUAUGAAAGAAACUACACUCCGAUGGUCAACGUCGCCUUAAAAGUGCAAUAUUAA